UGCUACAUUAACCAGCACAUCUCAGAGUCAGCUUCUCUAAGACAAAUACUUUGCAGUUUCCUUAGUUUAAUUUAUUCCUUUCAGGUAUACGUUAUUCAGGUCAGUGUUGGCAAUCAUCAGUGGACAGUCAAACAUCGUUACAGUGAUUUCCAUGACCUGCAUGAAAAGCUUGUUUCAGAAAAGAAAAUAGAUAAAAAUCUGUUACCUCCCAAGAAGAUUAUUGGAAAAAAUUCCAAAAGCCUGGUGGAGAAAAGACAGAAGGAAUUGGAAGUCUACCUGCAAACUCUGCUAGUCAAGUUCCCUGUUACUGCUCCGAAAGUUUUGUCACGCUUCCUACACUUUCAUUUAUAUGAGAUCAAUGGGAUCACUGCUGCAUUGGCUGAAGACCUUUUCCACAAAGGAGAGCAGUUAUUAAUGGCUGGAGAAGUCUUCACCAUCAGACCCUUGCAGUUGUAUGCUGUCACUCAACAGUUGCUACAGGGAAAGCCUACAUGUGCUAAUGGAGAUGCCAAAACAGAUCUAGGUCAUAUUCUAGAUUUCACUUGUAGACUCAAGUAUUUAAAGGUCACUGGAACAGGGGGACCUUUUGGAACCAGUAACAUUCAGGAGCAUCUCUUGCCUUUUGAUCUGUCAAUUUUCAAAUCGCUUCAUCAAAUAGAGAUCAGUCAUUGUGGGGGAAAACUUAUCAAAGGGCUGACUUCAUCAAAGCAUGCUCUGGCCACAAUGAGCAUUCGAUUUUCGGCAACAUCAAUGAAGGAAAUCCUAGUGCCUGAGGCCUCUGAGUUUGAUCAGUGGGAGCCAGAGGGUGCAACUUCAAGUUGUCCAGUGACAGCAGUUAUCCCAACUUGGAGGACCUUAACAACUUUGGAUAUGAGUCACAAUAGCAUCUCUGAAAUUGAUGACUCAGUGAAAUUAAUUCCAAAGAUUGAAUUCCUGGAUUUGAGUCACAACGGAGUGUCUCUGGUAGAAAAUUUACAGCAUCUUUACAACCUUGUUCACCUGGACUUAUCCUACAACAAGCUUACAUCACUAGAAGGUGUUCACACAAAACUGGGAAACAUCAAAACUCUGAAUUUAGCAGGAAAUCAGCUGGAAAGGCUGUGUGGUCUUAACAAACUAUACUCAUUAGUCAACUUGGAUCUGAGCAACAACAAAAUAGAACAGAUUGAUGAAGUAAAAAAUAUAGGAAACCUCCCGUGCUUAGAAAAGGUGGUCUUAUCGAGCAAUCCGUUGAGCAUCAUCCCUGAUUACCGGACCAAAGUACUUGCUCAGUUUGGGGACAGGGCCUCAGAGGUCUGUUUGGAUAACAUCAUUACCACAGAAAAGGAACUAGACACUGUGGAAGUGCUGAAAGCUAUUCAAAAAGCAAAGGAGGUGAAAUACAAACUGAGCAACUCUGAUAAAAAGAUCAGUGAGGACUCCAGGCUCACUGCUGCCAGCUCCAAAUCAAACUGUUCUUCUCUUACUGUUCGUCCUUCCUCUCCCUCUCUGCCUCGUCCUGUCAGCUCCAGCCAAGAAAUAAUUUGUGAAGAAACAGUCCUAGCCAACAGUUUUUUGCCGUCCAGUGGUUCGACUCCUACAGACCAUACAGUUCCCCAGAGACGCUUUGAAAUACCAGACUCCAGAUGUAAAAAUCAGGCACUUGCCUCUCUGGAUUCAUGCAACGAGUAUGGAAGUGUUCAUCAUAUGUGUUUGGAUCAUUCAGAGGAAGAACACUAUACAGUGCCUGACCCCUGCAACACUGUCAUCUUGCCUUUUAAUUGUAUGUCAUACACUGCCACAAACCAAGAUUUUAUCCAGCACCUUUCUGCCUUGAUAGUGCAGACUGUGCAGAGAUCACCCACCUCCUUUACAGAGGAUAAAAGAGGUCUUCCAGGUGAUUCCAGAACCACAGGCAAAGAAGAUGGAUAUUUUGAAAUGGGGCUUCAUGAAGGAGAUCGGGCUUUUGAGUUCAGCACUACUUCAGAUACUCUGUCAUCUGACAACAUAGCAGCGGAGAGCGUUGACAUAGUCAAAAUUCUCUGGAGUUUUUCUAUUCAUAUUCAUAAAGGACUCAGGCAGUUUGCUUCCUGUUUGGUUUUGACUGAUGAUAUGCUAGCUGUGUUUGAGAUUCCUCAUCAGGAAUUGAGAGGAAAUUGCCAGCACAUACCUUCUGCCCUGAAAUUAAUGCUGUGUUUUCCAUAUACUGAUCUAGCAGAAUUUGGCUUUCUCCUACCAGAAAUCUGUUUAACGCUGAAGCUGAAAAACGGUGACAACUGCUUGUUUAUUGUUUCAGACUCCCAGAAUCUUCAAGACUUUUAUUCCUGUUUACACAUGUGUUGCUCUCAACACUACACGUCAGUGUUACCAAGCUCCACAUUGUACUGUGAAAAAGCAAACCUCCAAGAGUUUCUCUGUCAGCUUAUGGAAUUGAAUUGUAUUUCAGCAGAAGAUGUUGAAAUUAAAGGUUGUUUCCCAACAUAUCUUCUUCAUGGGAAUAAAACCAGUGUUCAGAAAAUCUUGCAUCGACCAGAGUCAGCUGGCAAUAACAAAGAAUGGUCCAAAAAUGUUUUGUGUUCUGCACUUCAUUCUUCGGUAUAUAAAUCUUCUGAUCAGGGUCCCUGUGUGGUCCAUCCGUGUUGGAUAUUUCUAACACCCCAGCAUUUGUACAUAGUAAAGGUGGAUUUUAGUUUACUGCCAGGUAAAUGGGUAAGCACAGAAGAGUUGGGAAGUGUAUUUAAGCUGAAUAGGAUUCCGUUGGCAUCACUUGUGUUGCAUCCGACUCAUGGUUCCAUCCAGCAGAAGGGUUCAUUUUUGGAUGGGCAUGUGCUGGAGUUGCUCGUUGGAUACAGAUUUGUUACAGCAGUGUUUGUUCUACCUCAUGAGAAAUUCCACUUCCUAAGAAUCUACAGUCUUUUAAGGACACUCCUGCAGGAUGUUAAGACUAUUAUUAUUUUCAAAGCUUCAAGCAAAUCAGAUGCUGCAAGAAAUCACAUUGUGGAGGCAAACAGACAUGGUCAGUCAGCAAGCUUUUGCAAGCCUCAUCUGAUGCUGUCAUCUUUAUAUCCAUCUGAAUUUCUUAUGCAGAAGAUAACAGAAGAUAACCAGAUUCCUGUUCACCUUCAUGUUUCUGUGUCUCUGCAGUAUGUGGCUGGGCUGAAAGGAAAUGCCGUAGUUGAGUUUUUCCAUGGCAACAUUGCAGAGGUGGAAAAUGAAGAGUUGAGACAUCUUAUGUGGUCUUCAGUUCUGUUUUACAAGACUCCUAAUGUGGAAGUGGUGGCUUGUGUGCUUCUCUCAACGAAAGCUAUUUACUUUCUGUUGGAUGAUUCUUUCAUUCAUGCUGAUGAGCGACAGUCAG